AUGGGUCCGAGGGAGUGCAGCGCGGUGCCAUCAGCAGCGCCUGCCAUGAGAAGGGAGUAUGGGUCCGAGGGAGUGGAGUGCGGUGCCAUCAGCAACGCCUGCCUUGAGAAGGGAGUAUGGAUGGGUCCGAGGGAGUGCAGUGCGGUGCCGUCAGCAGCGCCUGCCUUGCGAAGGGAUGGGGAGCUGGUGGGGGCGGCUGCAGAGCGGGCGGCGCGGCAGCAGCAGCUACACGGGAGGAGGGAGGCGGGUUGGAGUGCGGAGGAGAAGGGAGCAGCAGCUGUUAUCAGCAGCGCCUUCUUUCAGAAGGGACCACUUAUCUUUCUUCCCUUAGCCCCCCGCUCUUGCAUUCCUGUACUGCAGAGCGGGAGGCGCAGCAGCAGCAGCUACACGGGAGGGAGGAGGGAGGCGGGUUGGAGUGCGGAGGAGGAGGGAGCAGCAGCUGUCACCAGCAGCGCCUUCUUUCAGAAGGGACCACUCAUCUUUCUUCCCUUAGCCCCCCGCUCUUGCAUUCCUGUACUGCAGAGCGGGAGGCGCGACAGCAGCAGCUACACGGGAGGGAGGAGGGAGGCGGGUUGGAGUACGGAGGAGGAGGGAGCAGCAGCUGUCACCAGCUGCGCCUUCUUUCACAAGGGACCACUCAUCUUUCUUCCCUUAGCCCCCCCCUCUUGCAUUCCUGUACUGCAGAGCGGGAGGCGCGGCAGCAGCGGCUACACGGGAGGGAGGAGGAAGGCGGGUUGGAGUGCGGAGGAGGAGGGAGCAGCAGCUGUCACGAGCAGCGCCUUCUUUCACAGGGGACCACUCAUCUUUCUUCCCUUAGCCCCCCCCUCUUGCAUUCCUGUACUGCAGAGCGGGAGGCGCGGCAGCAGCGGCUACACGGGAGGGAGGAGGAAGGCGGGUUGGAGUGCGGAGGAGGAGGGAGCAGCAGCUGCCACCAGCAUCGCCUUCUUUCACAAGGGAGGCACACCAAGGCGGAGUGGAGAGCUGGUGGGGGCGGCUGCAGAGCGGGAGGCGCGGCAGCAGCAGCUACACGGGAGGGAGGAGGGAGGCGGGUUGGGUCCUAAGCGAUGGUUCCCACCUCACCGUGGUGCUUGGGUGUAA